AUGGUCAACAGGCAAGUUGAACAACCAUCUACAUACUAUUCUAUAAAGGCAGCCAGUCUUGAAGGAUAUAUGGUCGAUUUAACGGCAAAUAACACAACGUUAUGGGAAGCUACCGACGAAAGCAUCAUUGAGGACUACACACUGGAAAUGUUUUAUGAACUCGAGGAAAAGGCAGGAGCUGCCAUGAUCGAACUACAGCAACAUUUGCAUAAUAAUCAGACAAUUCGCAACUCAAGACAGACAGAUUGCAAAUUGCCUCUACCAAGAAUAUCACUACCAAAAUUUGAUGGAAACUAUAUGCGGUGGGUGGAAUUCAAGGACUUGUAUAUGGAAUUGGUCCACAACACGGACAUCAGUGACAGCAAAAAAAUGCAUUAUCUGACUACAUCAUUGGAUAACGAGCCAAAGGGGCUAAUUAGACAUCUUCCAGUAGUAGGAGAAAAUUACAAUAUAGCCUGGACUUUACUUACAAGUCGUUAUGAAAAUAAACGACUUCUGGUUACAACACUCCUAAAUAAAUUAAUGGGACAAUCCUCCAUUAAAAGGGAGUCGGCACCAGCAUUAAAAUCUCUACACGAUGUAAGCAAGGAAUGCAUACAUGGUCUCAAGGCUCAAGGAGUUCCAGUCGAACAUUGGGAUAUUAUCCUGGUACAUCUAUUGCUGCGCAAGCUGGAUGCAGAAACUCUAACAGCUUUCGAACAAGGGCUAACAGACAACAAACGUUUAAUAACCAUUGAUGAAUUGCUAAAAUUUUUGGAACAUAGAUUUCAAUCACUUGAGGCUAGGGGAAAAGGAGAUUCAUCAUUCACUCGAACAUGUGCUUCAGCUACAAAAUUUGGUUUAAGUAAAACCUGUCCAAUUUGCAAUAAAGACGGUCACAUGGUCUAUGCUUGCAAAAAAUUCGAGACGGCUAAUCUAUCACAACGUUGGAAUUGGGUUAAAGAGUUCAAUUUGUGUGUGAACUGCCUCAGGAUUGGACAUCGAGCUGAUGAGUGUAAUUCAAGGCACUGCACUAAGUGUUCUAAAAAACAUAACACUUUGAUGCAUAAUCCAAAGGGGAAUCAAUACACAAAAGGUACUGUUCUUCAAGGAAAUAACUCGACGCCUCAACAAACAGGUCAAGCUUCAGUUUCAAACCAAUCAUCAAAUAAAAUAACUCUUUUAACAAACAAUACCAGACAGGAAUCUAAUUAUGUCUUAUUAGGGACGGCCAGAAUAAGAUUGCUGGCAUCAAAUGGAAGACAAAUUGAAUGCAGAGCAGUAUUGGACUCUGGCUCUCAAAUCAAUCUCAUAACAAACCGCCUGUCACAAAAAUUGGGCUGCAAGCCUAGGCCAACGCUUAUGAGUAUGGAAGGCGUAGGAGCAAAUGAAUCAAAAAUACGUCAUCAAACAAUAAUUCGAGUACAAUCAACGUUGAACGAAUUUGUAGCAGAGAUGGAUGCACAUAUCAUACCAAAAAUCGUUUCAGAUCAGCCAAUGCAGUAUUUGAAUAUCGAAUCCUGGGAUAUUCCAAAGGAAUUAACUCUCGCUGAUCCAGAUUUUAACAAACCUGGCCGAAUAGAUUGCCUGUUAGGAGCAGAGAUCUUUUUCAAGUUACUUAUUGAAGGUCAAAUAAAACUAGCAGGUAGUCUUCCAACACUUCAGAAUUCUAUUUUUGGAUGGGUUGUAGCUGGCAAUGUUGAAACUUUAAAUUCAAGCACGGCAACUUGUGGCAUAUGCACUACUAAGGAACUAGAAGAAUCUAUAUUGAAAUUCUGGGAAUCAGAAGAAAUUCCAGAUUCAACUUCGGAACUCACAGAAGACGAAUUGCGUUGUGAGUCACAUUUUUUGCAACACACUUUUCGAGGAAGUGAUGGCAGAUUUGUUGUAAAACUCCCACUAAAGAAUCAUCCAUCAGUGUUACCAGAUACAAAAGGAAUCGCUUACGAGAGGUUCAAGACAAUCGAGCGCCGUUUCAUUCAAAAUCCUGAUCUAAAGAAUCAAUAUGUUUCAUUUAUGAGGGAAUAUGAAGCAUUGGGACACAUGACAAAAUUCAGCGGUAGCGAAAUAAUAUCUCCCCAAUAUUUCAUCCCUCACCACUGUGUGCUACGUCCAGACAGCUCAACAUCAAAACUGCGAGUUGUAUUUGACGCAUCAGUACACAAAUUAUCAGAGCCAUCACUAAAUGACAUAAUGUUUAAUGGUCCAAAAGUUCAAGACGAACUGUUUUCGAUUUUGCUCAGAUUUAGAAUGCACAAAUAUGUUUUAAAAACUGAUGUGGAAAAAAUGUACCGUCAAAUAUGGGUUAACAAAGAUGAUCGAAAUCUGCAACUCAUAAUGUGGCGAGAAAAUCCCACAGAACCACUUAAUUAUUAUCAGUUGAACACAGUUACUUAUGGCACAAGAGCAGCACCAUAUUUAGCAACACGCUGUCUAACAAAAUUGGCGGAUGAAUAUCAAGGAAAUUAUUUAUAUGGCGCCACAUCUUUAAAAAAGGAUUUUUAUGUUGACGACGGUCUAAUAGGAGCUGAUACCAUCAACGAAGCGUUACUAAUUCAACAACAAUUAAUAACAAUUCUAGACAAGGCUGGAAUGAAACUAAAAAAAUGGUGUGCAAACAACCCAAAACUUUUACAUGGAAUCGCUACAGAAGAUCAAGAAGUAAAUCUCAAUUUUGAUUCCAAGGAAACCCAAUUCACAAAGACGCUGGGUCUUUUAUGGUUACCAAAGUCAGAUUCAUUUCGUAUCAAGGUUAACAGUCGAGACCAUAGUCACACAACAAAACGAUCUAUGAGCUCCGAUUUGGCACACAUAUAUGACCCUUUGGGUCUUAUUGGUCCAAUCUUGGUCACCGGUAAAAUCUUGUUGCAAGGAGCAUGGCAGCUAAAACUCGAUUGGGAUGAUGAUCUUCCGUCAGAAAUACGUAAACAAUGGACAUCGUAUAGAGAAGAUCUGGCCUUGUUGGACAAUGCAACAGUUGUGAGGCACGUAUUCAGCAGUCAAGGCUACAGCCAUGUUGAGCUGCACGCUUUUUGUGACGCCUCAGAAAAGGCUUAUGGUGCAGCAGUAUACAUUAGAACAGUACAAAAGGAUAAAACGAUAAAACUUAAUCUACUAUGCUCCAGAUCUCGUGUAGCACCCAUAAAAUCUCAAACAAUUCCACGACUAGAAUUGUGUGCAGCGUUGCUAGCAGCAGAACUCAUGGCAAGAGUUAAACUUGAUUUAGGCUAUCAAGACAAAGCAACUUACUUUUGGACAGAUUCACAAAUUGUGCUUUCCUGGAUAAACAAUCAUCCAGGCAAAUUACCCGUUUACGUCGCCCACCGAAUUGUAAAAAUCCUUCGGUUAACAAUUCCAGAACAAUGGCGUCACGUCCCGUCAAAACAAAAUCCGGCAGAUAUUCUGUCAAGAGGGCUUAAACCGCGGGAAUUUUCAUCUUGCUACAUGUGGUUAUAUGGUCCACUAUUUUUAUAUCAGCCAAAGCCGCUGUGGCCAGCUCCCUUCAAAAGGGAAUUAAUUGUUGAAGAUAACACGGUGGUGCUUGCUUUAUCAGCACAACAACCUACUAAUGAGCAUGCAUGGGUCUAUUCGAUUCAUUCAAGAAAUUUAUUUACACAUGUCCAAAAGGUUGUUGGAUAUGUACUUCGUUUCACAAAAAACGCACGGAAACCAAAAGAAUCAAGACCAGAGACCAUGCAGCUUUCACCGAUGGAGCUCGACGUAGCACUUAAGAUAAUAAUACGUCAAAUCCAGGCCUCCGAUUUUUCUGAUCUAAGGAAAAUGCUAGUUAAGGACGAAUUUGUGCCAAAAACUCAUAACCUCAGUUCACUAACUCCGUUCGUAGAUGAAGAAGGGGUAAUACGUGUUGGCGGACGGCUAAGCUCUUCAAAACUACAAUUUGAUGCCAUUCAUCAAAUGAUUUUACCCAGCAACGAUCCACUAGUAAAGUUGCUGGUAGAAGAAAUACAUAAGGACAAUUAUCAUUGUGGCGCCCAAGCAUUGCUGGCACAAGUGAGGCAGCGUUUUUGGCCCCUCAAAGGAAAAAGCUUGAUGAGAGCUGUAAUACAACAAUGCUUAAGAUGCAGAAGAGCAAGGCCAAUUGUGUACAAUCAAAUCAUGGGAAAUUUGCCUGGACACCGUGUGCAACCAGCUCGACCAUUUCUCAGCACUGGAGUUGAUUAUUGUGGCCCAAUAUGGGUUCAUUACAAAACAAGAGGCAAGCGUCCACAAAAGGCGUAUAUCGCUGUCUUUUGCUGUUUUGCAACCAAGGCCGUACACUUAGAACUUGUGACUGAUCUGACCACAGAUGCAUUCAUUGGAGCAUUAAAACGCUUCAUAGCAAGACGAGGACGCUGUAAAACGUUAUACUGCGACAAUGCGACCAAUUUCGUUGGAGCGAAAAACAAGUUGCAGGAACUUACUGACGUCAUCUACGCUGAUCGAGCGAAGGAAUCAAUUGCAGGAAUGUGCA